AUGUUCAGCUGGAUUGGUCUUUACAGAGAACCCAACAAUGAAACAGACUGGAAGUGGUCAGGUGGUGGAUAUGCAACAUACUUAAACUUUCAGUAUGGCCAACCAAACAAUGGACCGCAGGAAUUUUUUGGCGGCACGAGUUGGUAUGGAUGGCAUGAUUAUUAUGACGUUCCAGCAACUUUCUACUGCUUGAGUCUGUUUGUGGUGAGAGAGCCCAAGACGUGGGAAGAGGCUCUGGAGUACUGCAGGGAGCAGUACACUGACCUGACCAGCCUGCUGUCAGAGACGGAGAUGCUUCUGGCCCACAGGGAGAUCCAGGAGCAGGCCCAGACGGCGCUGGUGUGGACGGGCCUGCGCUUCCUGGGGGACCGCUGGCUGUGGGUGAACGGGGACCCUGUGGACUACCAGGCCUGGCCCCCUGGUGGAGGGCACCAGUGCCCAGCUAGAAACCUCCGCUGUGGGGCGGUGGGGACGGCGGGACACUGGGAGGCCCACGACUGCCAGGAGAGACUCAGAUUCAUCUGCUACUGA